AUGCGCGGCCGUACGGCCUUUGCCGUCCUUGUCGGGUUAGCGGUAACAGCAGUCGAGGGUUUCGUACCAACGCGGAGACAAAAAUCGACCUCCUUUGCAGGAAGUAACGAGUACUUUCUUCAUGCGCUGUCUGCUUCCGAGCAAAAGACAUACAUCGAGACACUUGCUGGAUGGGGGGCGAAGGUCAUAAGGCUAUGGGGUGAGCAAAGGCCUAGUGCUGCAGGCCAUAAUGAUACGAUGUCUAUGUACAACCAAAACCUCCUUCAAAGCCUUGAUGAAUAUCUCCAUAGGCAGACUGGAGGAAAGAGUGAAUCGGAUGCUAACGAUCGGUGUACAGUAACAAAUAUUGAUGAAGGGUGCUUGAAAGGAAGCACGAUCACCAAUUCCAUGCCGCCGCUUGAAACCUCCGUUGGCAUAUUUAAUACCACUGUGUUAGCUGCAUUGGACGCUACACUCAAGCUUCUCCACAACAACGGGAUGAAAGCUAUCAUAUCUCCUCACAACGCCAACUCACUAACUGGUGAUGUAGCCUGUGAUGCGUACUACCAAAAAUAUACCGAUGCAUCUACCUUCUAUUCCUCGACCGAAGCCAAAGCAGACUACGACAAGCGACUAGAAGAGAUCCUCAACUACCAGUCGCCAAACUUUGGCGAGGCCUGGAAAAGCCUAGAUCAGGUGAUUAUGGCUUUCGACCUCCAGAACGAGCCUCUGAUCAAACAGCUCGACAAGUUGAACAACAAUGACCCAGAUGACUGGCUAUGUGGUCGUGCUGGAGUGAUGCGCAAUGCACUUGGAUCGUCUAAUAUCAAGAUCGCCACGGGCGGUAUUGGCGGAUCUCACUAUUGUUGUGACCACGAGUUCAAUACGCUGGAGAAGGCCAUCCAAUGCGAUGCAAUCGACAUCAUCAGUAUGCAUGGAUACAUGAGUAAGGCAUCCGACUGGGCCUACUACAUUACCGGCGACAAGGAAGUUUUGAGCGGAGCAAGAGCUGCAGGAAAGAACAUCAUGAUGGAAGAGUGGGGCGUUUCGACUGACUUCCAGGAUUCUUUCGAUACUCAGGCCCAGAUAUUCAAUGAUGCUGGAGUUCCUUGGCUUUAUUGGCAGUUCGUCCCUGGCUUAGACGGUUCUGAACCAGGAGCGCCGACCGGUUGCGGUUACGAUGGUUUUGAGAUUGGAUUGGACAGCCCCAAGGGUGAUGCUGCUGGCGCAAUUGCUGCAGCAAACGCGGCUCCAGCGGCACAAAGUUGGGCAAAUUAUCUGAGAUAA